AUGAGGAACUUCAUGAUCCUCACAGAUGAAUGUCCUUCCCUGCUGUCGGUACCGUUACCUCACACGAUUCACAUGAAAAGCUGGCAGGGAAGUGGAAACAGCUGGACGAUGUACAUACAUUAUCACCUUCACGGAAUUGGAGAACUUCAGGACUUCGGCAGAGUUGCGUCCGCAUUAAAUUGGCAUCUAACAACAAACAAGGAUCUCCGGCCAGGACGGUACAACGGUCCCCGGAUAGCUGCUGAUGCUGUGGCCCGCUACUACCCCCGGGACAGGUACCAGAAGAAGGUCAUUGACAUUGCUGCAGGGACGGGAUUUGUGGCUGAGAAUCUGAAGGCCCGUGGAUUUCAGCACAUUGACGCCCUUGAACCAUCGGCCAGUAUGAUUGCCAUGGCAAAGAAGAAAGGCUUGUAUGAAACAUACUAUGAAAACAUGCUAAAUGAUGACCCUUUGAACAUAGAAACUGACACCUACGACUGCGCAGUUAGUUGCGGUGGGUUUGGAGAAGGACAUAUACCUUGUGCCGGGAUUAAAGAGCUCAUUCGUAUAACAAAACCAGGUGGUAUUGUCUGCAUCGUGAUGAGGCAAUGUUAUUUGAUCGACGUGGAGGAGUACAAAGAUCGGCUGGUUCCGUUCAUGAUCUCAUUAGAAAACACAGGAAUGUGGACAAGAGUUUCACGUCACGUCGUCCAAGACUAUUUCAUUGACCUUCCAGGGGUGGUCUUCUUGUACACAGUACAAUGA